CUCGGUAGUACUAUGUUUUUGGCGUUGUUUGUGCUUGAUCUUAUAUAUAGCGAUGUUGAGCUUGCACAGCAGCGCGGCAGGUGAAAAUAGCCAUUUAGAGUGAACCACGGAAAACACAUACUUAUGCGCCUGUAUCUCCUUGCUUCAACAGAUUACGUUAGCAUGUUACCAGCUAUAAAGGUUGGGACUCGCACGCUUGUUAAUCAUUAAUACAAGCACCGGUAGUUCCCCAGGAAGGACUGAAACAAUGGGAAGCGAUAGUCUACUGGUUGAACAGCUUCAGGCGUCGACCGCGGUGCAGCAUGCUUUGGCAGGCUGCUUCCUACAACCCGGCCUGGAUGGUCACUCUGGGCCCAAGCAGCUGAUCGUGAACUGUGGCGAUUAUCUGCAGCUAUGGGAGAUCGUGGAUGGAUCGGUCGAAUUCCAGCAAAAUUUCCACUUGUUUGAGCGCGUUGAGCACAUCGACUUGGUCCCAUCAUCCCUGCAACUCUUCGGCCCAGACAGCACGGAUGCCCUUCUUGUCUUCACCUUCGAUGGACGUUGUGCUCUUUUUCGACUGCUCCCGCAGCCACAGCCACAGCAAUACCAGCAACGGAAACCAACCGCAAUCCAUGCGGUCAAUGGGCGCCGUGAUUUGGUGCUCACGGAAGCUGCCUGCCUGGCGUUGCCUCUACCAAACCUGCGUGCAGCCCUUCUACCAAAGCGUUUGGAGGGUGUCUGCAGCAGCGGCAUUGCGCCUGUGGCUCGCCGCAUCGCCGCUGCCACAGGCGCACGUGGUGUUGUGGUGGCAGCAAUCCACAUGGACCUUCUCCACGUGAUCACACUCCACGCGGCGCCCUCGGAGGGCGAACAUCCGCUGCUGCUGUGCACGGCAGUUCCCAUAGCAGACACGCCGCUGUACGGCAUGCCACCUGGCCUGCACAUGCUGCACACCGCGGGACCCCGCCCCUGGAGCCGACCCCUGGACUGCGGCCUGGAGGUCCUGCCGCUGCCCAACGCGGCGGUUGCAGCGGCUGUCGUACCGAGUGUACAGCGCUAUCUGCCGUACGACACUAGCUCUGCUGCUGUUGCUACUACUACUGUUGAGAAGGGGAAGAAGGAACAGAUUGAGCCCGAGGAGGAGGAGGAGGAUUACAGCGGGCUGUUGUUCGUGGGUAGCAGCAGCAGUAACAGUCAGGUGCUGGCGGUGCCGGCCGCAUGCACAUCGCCUGCAUGCCGGCCUGCUGCUGCUGCUGCUGCUGCUGCUGCCGCCGCUACCUCCGGUCAACCCUCUGCUGCCGCCCCUUCCACGCGCCCCGCCCGCUCCCCGCUGCGGUGGCCGCUGGCGGAGGUGGCGGCCAUCAAGAGCCUGGGACCCGUGAUGGAUGCGGUGGUGGUGCCGGAUGCGGAGGGCUGCGACGACCCCUGGCUGGUGGCGAGUUGCGGCCACGGACCCGUGGGUCGGCUGAUCCGCGGCAGGAUGGCGGCGGGGCUGCAGCCGUACAUGGAGGAGGGGCCACAAGUGCCGGUAAGUUUCCCGUAACGCGUCUCGAUAACAUGUAUGCUCGUAUACCCCAUAUGCGUGUUGCUUUGCUUUUCGUGACCGGCGGCGCGGCGCAUGUCUCCCUAGUGUUACCACGCAAGGCGGCUUCUUCCUCAAGUCGUCUCGGUUUCCGGUAAGCAACGAUUCGGUAAGUAAUUUGAGAUGCGUGUUAUUAGUGCCUCCGAAUGCGCUCACUGCAUGAGUCGGGAUAUGGGAUUGGGACUUAGUUGUUUGCAUUUCUUAUAUAAUUUUCCCUUCCCCACCCCCCUCCCACCUAGCGGCCUGAACUGCCCCGCGCCCAUCCUCCUCAGCUGCGCCUCCACCCGCAGCGCCACCGCAUUGUAGCUGCCCUCGUACUGGCUGUUGCCGCAGCCCCACACCGCCACACGCAACCCCGACAGCGCUCCGGCACCCAGCC